AUGAACGUCUUACAGGUGAAGCCUGUGGGAGGGGCGACUAAGGUUGAGGGAAAUGAUAGCGGAGUAGCGGUUAAUCAAUCAGGUGGUCAUAGAUCUCAUAAACACAAGAGGUCGUUUGCUAUAUCCGGGGACUUUGAUUUUUUGAAUCAUUCAAUAUCGACGAUGGGUGCCUCUGUGGUUUCAGAUCCAGUUCCAGAUAUCCAUCCAGCGUUACUGGUUUCAACUAGUCGGGCGAUGGGCUCAGCGUCACCUUCGUAUUCUAUUUUACAACGGACUAGAGGGUCUGAGGCUAAGUCAGCUAGGCCACGGUUCUUUAUUUCUCAGGAAUCAAAGUUUACAUCUGCUCAUGAUGAUGUUCCCGAUGCUAUAAUCAAUUUAGAUGAUGCACUUGGUACGUGCCAGCCUGUUUAUGUUUCGCACAGGCGCACGGAAUCUGCGCCUGCGGAGAUUCCACUACCUGGGCGCCUGUUGGUGUCCUCGGGAUCACCGAGGAUUGAUGAAGAAGACUCCUGUGACGAGAAGACAGAAAGUUUAGAAGUGCAGAAAUCGGAGAAUAGUGGUGGCGUUUUGGUAGCCCAAUGUAAAAAUAGUUUUGAAAAAUGCAAUACUGAUUAUAAAAAUGGUAAUAAUAAUAAUAAUAAUAAUAAUAAUAAUAAUAAUAAUAAUAAUAAUAAUAAUAAUAAUAAUAAUAAUAAUAAUAAUAAUAAUAAUAAUAAUAAUAAUAAUAAUAAUAAUAAUAAUAAUAAUAAUAAUAAUAAUAAUAAUAAUAAUAAUAAUAAUAAUAACUUGAGUGAGAUUUUAAAUUCUGCGGAUGCUCAUCAAGUACCACCAUUGAAGUCAGGCAAUUCAGCCACUCUUAAGCAGUCUGCGAACUUAACAUAUAAGAUCGCUUCGGAUCGUUAUAACACAGGAAGAUUGAAGAUGAAUAAGCAGAAACAGAGGUAUUUUAAUCACACUAGGCAAUGCACAUCCCAUAAAGUAUCGUUUUUGCCUUCGCCUUCUGUUGGGUCUGUUGGAUUGGCAAAAGGUGUACCUAAGAUGGGUUCUAAAGCCGUCGCCAUGACGAGACCAGAAAACAUUCCCCAAGAUGCCAUUUUAAAGCCAUGA